CGCAACUCGCAGUCAUAAACAAAUAUUCGUGCGAGGUGGUCGUUUGAUCGGUGUAAAUUUUUUGCAGUAAACUUUUUUAGUACUUAAAGUGUACUCUUAAAAAUAUAAAUAAGUUUAUAAUAUAAAGUUCAAUGGCACAGGUACAGGGAUUGGAUCCACAUUUUGGAGAAGAUGUUCCAAAAAAUUUAUUGGAUUUUUCGGAAUCAUCUAUACGGAGAGGAUUUAUUCGUAAGGUAUAUGCCCUUGUUAUGUGCCAACUCCUAGUAACAAUGGGUUUUAUAUCCAUUUUCGUCUUUUACAAACCGACGCAGCUUUUCGUAGAGACACACACUUAUAUUAUAUGGACGUCGUUCGUAGUUGUUUUUGUGACAAUUAUCGCAAUGGCCUGUUGUGAGUCGGCGCGUCGGAAAGCACCAAAUAACUUUAUAUUCCUGUUCAUAUUUACCGUCGCCAUGAGCAUUCCGCUGGGCUUCGUUUCCAGUAAAUUUCAAGUUAAAGAGGUGUUUAUAGCAUUAGGUGUUACAGCCACUAUAUGUCUGGCCCUGACCAUCUUCGCGUUUCAAACGAAAUGGGAUUUCACUUUGUGCGGUGGCUGGCUCAUAGCUGCAUUGACGGUUCUAGUAACGUUCGGUUUCAUGAUGUUAUUUCUACCAUAUAACAACAAAUUAAAUCUUCUAUACUCUGGUGUGGGGGUUCUGCUAUUCUCUAUGUACUUAGUCUAUGAUACACAGAUUAUGAUGGGAGGAGAACACAGAUAUAGCAUUUCACCAGAAGAAUACGUUUUCGCCGCUUUAAAUAUAUAUUUGGAUAUUAUCAAUAUAUUUAUCAGGAUUCUUCGAUUGAUUCGCUAUUGAUUAGCUUCUUCAGACUCGAAUAUUGGCGAACUCUUAUUUCCUACAUCAUGUCAAUUUUCGCUUAAUACAGUGUAAACUCUUUAUAUAACGAAUUUCAAGGGACCGAGCAUUUUCUUUCUCGAUAUAGGGAAUAAAAAAAAAACAAAUUUAACCAAUUUCAAUAAUUUCUAAUUUUAUUACUAUCAAUAGGUAAAUUAUUCUAAGCACAUAACGCUUUUCUUUAACUGGCUAUCUUGACAGCUUCACAGCUUGUUUACGACUGAUAAUACACGAUAGGUGACGGUGGUGCGUUUAGUAACUGAGACCAAAAUUUCUGCAGGCAAUGUAAUCUAAGAAUAAUGGCACACGUGUUAAUGCAAUUAACAAUAACAAAGGCGAGACGGCUGUUUAUUACCUCAAAUGUCUUAGAAGUUUCGACACCUCAAAAGUUUACUUUUGUAAGCUGAUUAUAAAAACAAUUUCACUUAAGUAUGUUGUUGAUGUUUAAAUAUGAAAAUAUUUCUUCGUUAUUGAGACUGCUGUUGCGUUAUAAAGACAUAAUUAAUGUAUCCAGGGUUUUGUGUUAAACCAAACAAAUGUAACUAUUUCUACGUUAUAGUGGGUUUUUAUACUGUACUUAUAAAUUAGUGGUUAUUCUAGAUCCAAAUCCCCUUAAAUUCAAAGACAAGUUUAAGUGUGAAGUCUUCCAUGUGUCAAAAUAUGUUCAUAGCAUUAGACCGAUACGUUUAACUUGUCUCUGAAUCUAUAGUCGUAUUUUUAAUUAGACGAAGCCAACUGACAGUAGCUAAUGUCACUUUGUAAAAUAAUGUUGCCAUAUUUAAAGUAAUAGUGAUGCGUUCAGUUC